AUGGCAUUGAAACACGAGGUCUUCCAGCGGGCUGUGCUCGAGUCGCACGUGGAACCGGAGCGCGUUCGUUUGCUGAACCAGUGCACUCCGAAUACUGCGACUGGGACGUACGUGUUGUACUGGUGUACGCGGUCGCCGAGGGCGGUUCACAAUGAGGCUCUUGAGGUUGCCAAGUCGCUUGCGCGCCUCGUGCGUCUGCCGCUGGUUUGUUUGAACGUCAUCGAUCUGGAAGAGGCACUGGAAGGGUCUCUUCGACACGUGCUUUUUCAAUUAGAAGGGCUUGUGGACUUUAAGAGGGGGCUCGUGAAGCGCCAUGGUCUCUCCCCAGACGCUAUACAUACGAGGCUGGAUCCCGCUUUGAGCGUGGUUACCCGGCUGGACCCGACGGGAGCCUCUUCCGCAACGAGCAGAACUGGCGAGGAGAGCGUCCCGUACACACCUGAGAGUCCGCCGGCAUCCACAACGAUUGUCGGUGGUCUGAGCGUUCUCGGUGGUGCAGCUCCAGCGCUAGUGGGCGGGCGAGAAGCCCCUGUCACACCACAAAUAUGCAGCUUCGAGGGCUUUGCUUCUCGCGCGUAUGCUAUCGUCACGGAUCGCGGGCACUUGCGCUACCAGCGGGCUCGAGCGGCGCGCGUUGCAGCGCUCGCAGGGCGUCCUCUGUUAGAAGUCGAGACGUCGUUGAUUGUUCCAGUUGAGACUGCUAGUGUUCGCGAGGAAGUGGUCGCGUCAACUUUUCUGGACCGCAUGGGCAGCGGUCUCGGAGAGCGAUACUUGCAUGAGCUGCGCCCGAGCCCGCCCCUGGAACCCGCACCUGCAAACGUCUUAGCAGACCUGCAUACGCUCGGGUACUGGCCGUUCCCUCAGGUUGAUCAGGGCUGGUCUGCGGAGACGUGGCUCUCGUCUGUGAAUCGCACCCACUUGCUGGAGGUACUGCGGUACCACGGCGUCGACUGUGAUGCGCCGAUUAUCAGCGCCUCGGCGUAUCGAGGCGGUGAGACAGCUGCUCGCCGCUUGCUCUCAGUGUUUGUCGCACGCAAACUUUAUGGCUACGCGGUCAAAGCAGAGCACCAAAAUGAGGCGCUUCGGGCGGAGUAUGGCUCCCUGCUUUCUCCUUACCUGACUUUUGGGCACAUUUCUCCUGUCUACGUGGCGAUCAAAGUUCACCGCGCAGCCGCGGAGCGCGAACUCGACGAGCACGGUGGGCGUAUGCGAGCCUGCGACAGCGCCGAACGGGUCGUGGCCUCUCUGGAAAAACACCAUGGCGAGGAUACGGGUGACUCGGGGGAAUCUUUUCCCUCGCAGGCGGGGACGGCAUCGCCUGGGUGCACGAGCGAGGAGGCUUUUCUUUUAGGCAGUGCAUCCUCGAUGUUGAGCAUCGGCUCGUCAGCCAAACGGACCCUGACAACUGCUGAUACCCUGACGCUUCGUGCGGCAGUUGAGAUAGCCUCGCAGCAGCCUGAUGUUCGCAAGUUUAUGGAAAACAUGUAUCGGCGAGAGCUCGCGUACAAUUUCGUGAUGUACAACAAGCGUUACGAUUCGUUCGAUGGCGCGGUGCCGGUCUGGGCACGCCGCUCGCUCUACGACCGAGCGUCGCGGCGCACCAGCCACUACCAGUACUCCGAGACGGACUGGUACAAUGCCCGGACACAUAAUAUGCGCUGGAACGCUGUGCAGCGUGAGUUGUUAACACGAGGUCGCAAUAUCUGCCGUGAUCGCAAUUACUGGUGCCAAAAAAUCCUUGAAUACGAAAAUGAUCCUGCACAUGCGUUUGAGCUGGCGAUUCGCAUUAACAACCACUUGAUGCUGGACGCCAACGAUCCCGUUGGAUACGCGACCUGUGCGCAAUGUUUCGGGCGCUGGCAACAGCCGGUGACCCGCGCAUCUACGUUUCCAGGCAGGGAUCGAGAUCCAGCGCCGGAAGCAGCGUUUGGCGAACAACUUGGCCUCGUACCGGAAUUAUACACAUUGCGAACGGAUGAGCAAUGGAGAGCUGCAGAGACGCUCGCUGAAAUGAUCGACCAGCGGCUUGAAAUCGUUCCCAUACCCGAAAACGACACCGUAGACGCGUAUUAA